GUUUCCAUAGCAACUUGAGAAGCCCAGUAAUAGAUACAGCAGUGGCUCCGUUUCCAUGACGACCUUAGAAGCCUAGUCGGAGGCCGCGAAUGAAGGCCCGGCAGGCCGCGCGUGGAACCUGGGCGUCGCAGUAGCCAGGGGUCUGAGGUGCGGAGGGGAUGCAUCCGGGGUCGGGCUUCCCUGCUCUCGGCCGGGACGCCUCCUGCUGUCAUCGGGGCCCCGUCGACGAAGGAAGAUGGCGCCGGAUGGCGAACGAGCUGGAGCGCAGCCUCCAUUUCCUGCAGCAGCAGCACCGAGAGACCCUCGCACAGCUCCACCUGGAGGUCGACGCCCUCAAGAGAAAGAACAAGGAGCUUAAUUACAAGCUGAUCAUGCACCCGAUCCUCCAGAAAUCUCCAGAUCUUUUUCCUUCUGGAAAAUUGAUUCCUAAAGUUCCUAGAGGGUCAAAAAUAACUGAAGAAAAAUCUUUCUUCAAGGAAGAGAAAGAAAUUGAGGAUAGAAGAGAAAGUGAUGAAGCAGAAGGAGAAGAAGAAGAGGAAAGAGAAGAGGAGGGGGGGAAAGAGGCCGUGGAGACCCCUCUCAAGGAGCCCUGUGAAAGAGAGCCGGACUUUGUAGACCAUAGCAGCCCUCAUUCCCCAGCAUCCCCUCCCCCUCCUUCCCCUCCCCCCCCUUGCCCUUUGACCCAGAAGCAGCCCCCUCCUCCACUCCCAGGGGCCUCCUCCAACCCUUUCCUGGCCAACGUCCUUCCCUCCCGAAGCAGGAAGCCACCAUCUUUGGAGGAGUGUGAGGCUGUUAUCCGCCAGCUCUGGAAUGUCAACCACAUGCAGAUGCAGGAAUUGAUAUACUUGAGGUCCUGCUUGGAAGACAUUCACCGUACCAAGAGGAUCCCAGAAGACUACAUGCAGAUUUCUGGACGUUUUGGCCUCCCUCUCUCCACCUCCCUUCUUUAUGGCAAAGAAAAAAAGCCGCCAGUUCCAGGCUGAUACAGCGAUCCUAACAUCACUUCCCUCCAAUGCUAUCUGCCUCAGGCUCAAUCUUGUGCACCCAAGAGGCCAUCUAGAGGGCACCCAUGACCCUGCUGGGUAUUAUUCCUGCCCAUCUUUUCUCACCCAGUGAGCAUAUUGAGGAAGGCCAUGAGAAAGGCUGCAUCACGGGAACAGUCUUUGUGGGCCUUACGGCAGCCUAUGACACGGUGCAACAUAGAAAAAUGCUGCAUAAACUCUACCAUAUUACCCGGGACUUUGACUUUACAAAAACUGUCUAGACCCUCUUAGAAAACCGCAGCUUCUAUGUGGAGUUUCAGGGCCAGAAAAGCAGAUGGAGGAGGCAAAAGAAUGGUUUACCCCAAGGCAGCGUUCUUGCCCCGACCUUGUUUAACAUCUUCACGAACAAUCAGCCACAACCACCACUCACAAAGAGCUUUAUAUAUGCUGAUGACCUUGGCCUCACAACACAAGCGAAAGAUUUUGAAACAGUUGAAAGCCAACUCACCAAUGCCUUGAAAGACCUCUCCAGCUACUACAAAGAGAACCACCUGAAGCCUAACCCUGCCAAGACACAAGUGUGCACUUUCCACCUACGUAACCGCGAAGCCAACAGGAAACUGAAAGUUACUUGGGAAGGCCAAGAGCUCGGACACUGUUUCCAUCCUAAAUACCUUGGUGUCACCUUAGACCGAACACUAACAUAUAGGAAACUCUGCGUGAACACCAGGCACAAAGUAGCCGCACGCAACAACAUCCUGCGGAAACUGACUGGCAGCGCAUGGGGAGCAGACCCACAAGUCGUCAGAACCUCAGCCCUGGCCUUGUCUUUCUCACCGGCUGAGUGCGCCUGCCAGGCCUGUCUGGCACAAGUCUGCCCAUGCGAAGCAGGUGGACAUAGCACUGAACGAAACAUGCAGAGUCCUCACAGGAGGCCUGGAACCCACACCUGAUGACAAACUCUACAAGUUAGCUGGCAUUGCCCCUCCUGACGUGCGACGGGAAGUUGCUGCUAACGGCGAGAGAAAUAAAGUCAAACACUGUGAAAGCCCCCCACUGCAUGGCUAUCACCCUCCUCCCACCAGACUCAAAUCACGGAAGGGCUUCAUGAGAACCACCACUCCCUCCUCUGGAUGUCCCUCCAGCAGCAGCAAGGGUGUCCCUCUGGGCAGCUAAACCUGGCAAUUCCAACUGGGUGGCCCCCCACGAGGGUCUUCCUCCCGGGGCAAACCAGGAAUGGGCAACUUGGAAGUCCCUGAACAGACUCAGAAGCAGAGUGGGCAGAUCAAAAGACACUUGGCAAGGUGGCCCUACCUGGAGGAAUCCUCCACCUUGUGUGACUGUGGAGCUGAACAAACAACUCCGCAUAUGUCUGCUUGCCCACAAUGCCCUGCCUCAUGUACGGAGGAGUUGAUUAAAGCUACAGACAAUGCAGUUGCUGUUGCCCGCUUUUGGUCCAAAACUAUUUAGUUGCUUGUGAUUUCCUUUUUUUUCAUCAUUUUUAAAAUGUAUUUGUUAUGCAAUGCUUUUGACACGAAAUAAAUAAAUCUUUUCUCACCAGUCAAUGAAUGCAACUAGGAUUCAGGGUCAUGGGUAAGCACCACUUAUCUACAAGUCGUGGAUACUGACAUUGUUGGAUGAACUAACAAUCUUUGCAUGCACAUUUGAAAUGGUUAGGUCUGCAUGUCUCUGUGUAAGAUCACUUGUCUUGUUAGGUUUAUGGCCCUCAUUCAGAAUUUGCAUGUGAGGUUUAGGGGAGCUUUUGCCAAGAUGUAUGUGAUUGUAUGCCACAUAGGGACAGUUCUUUGAACUCAAAGAAGGUAUAAAAGGAAAGGAAAUCUUUUGUCCCUUGCUGUUUUGAUCCUUACCUUACUUUGAGUAGAGUACCAUUGUCCACGCUUUUCAGCUUAUGUAAUUUGCAUGCCAUGAGACCUGCCUAGGCCAUGCUGAAGAUAUAGAAGCCACCUUUUGAUUCUAUUUUGGAUUGCAUAUUUUGAUAUACCUGCAAAUAAGUAUUUACCUGUGUGAUUACUAUUCACCCAAGUGGUUAUGAGUAAACUACUUUGUUACACCAUCAAUUUGAUAUGUAAUCUUUUUUUUUUUCCUGGCAUUCUGAUUGUGUAUGAGUCCCCUCGGGGUUGAGAAAGGGUACUGUAAAUAAAUAAAUGAAUAAAUAUUUACUAUGCAUGCUAUCAGUGGGGUGCUGAUUAUUCAUAGUUAAGCUGGCUGGACUCUGCCUAUGCAUUUUUCCUUUGAAGUGUAAACUAUUCCAUUCUGUACCUGUUGUUCUUUUGUUUUUCCUAUUCUGCUUAAUGUAAUGCUUUAAGGAAGGUCAGCUAUUUAAGUAAUUUAGCUGUUUCCUCUAGUCAAAUGACUGAGCCCUUCCAUGUCUUAAGCAUUUUCAUAAUAUAACAGGUUAUAGGUUCCAGUAACUAUUGUUGUUCUAAAUUAGCUUUUGUUUAUUUUUGUGACACUUCCACUGCAGUUUAUUUUUCCAUUUAUUUGUGUGGAAGCUUGCAAACAGAGAAAGAGAAAGCUGCAGUUUGUGUGCCUUUUCUUUUUGAAAGAGCAUUUUUACCCCUCCUUUCCUUUUUUUUAAAGUCUCCCAGCUAAGAGAGAGACAGGGAAGCUGCCUAGGAAUUUAAGAGGCUAGUUUUUUGUUUUGUUUUUUUGAACUUUUAAUUUUGAUUCUGUUUGGAUUUUUGUUAGAAAGAUGGUAAAUAUGGAUGAAUUUUCCCUAAGUGAUGGAUUAGACAACAAGAACUUUCAUUAUCAGCAUGAAAAGAUUCUGAUUUAUCUAGAUGGAUUGUUCGAAGAAAGAGUGUCCAACUGAAGGAGAGACUGAAAUUUAGGAUUGGAAGAAAAAGGAUGCUUUAGGCAGCAAGCUGAUAGUAUCAUCUUUAAGACACAGACAGAUGCUUUAUGUGAAUAAAAUGACCACAACUAAAAGUAUGUUUUAAAAACACUUUGGAUAUACCUCUACAAGAAGCCUGCAGAAUUUUAUAAGGCAGCUUAUGAUAUUAAGAUUAGAUUGAAAAAGUAAUAUUUCUGAACUACUUGAAAUUUUUAAUAGGCUUGAAUUGACUGGAACAUUUCUUGGCAAUCAUCAGAAAGUUGGCUCAUUGAAGGGAUUGCUUGGUGCAUUUGCUUCAGUGUUAGAUGCAUAUGUGGAAAUUUCAUUUGAGAAGUCUUUGGCUAAGCUGAGAGAGCAUUGUAUUGAUUGGAAUGGAUCUUUACUGGUUGGAGCAUGGAGAUCAACUGAAUAAAGUUACAGGGUGACUAAUUGCCAGAGUCACAGAGGUGGAGCCUCAAAGGUCUGUCCACAAGGGCAUAUUUGUUACAACUGUAAUAAAAUAAGUUGUAUUACCCAAUAUUGUCACCUACCAAAGAAAGAUGACAUGCCAUCUGGUAGCAAUAAACAGGAAAGACAGGAAAAGAAGUUUUUUCCAAAAGAAAUCCACUGAAAACAGACAGAACCAUUGGAGUUUACUUGCUAGAAGAUCUGUUAUGACAGUGAAUGAAAGUAAAGAUAAAGAAAAUGUUUGACUUAUUGAUUCAGGAUGUGCACAGCAUGGCUCAUAUGACAAUGAAAACUUUGUUGAAGUGAAUCAAAAUGUUAAAAUUAAACUGAAAGUUGCAAAUGGAGAUUCUAUGAAAAUUAUUGGAUCAGGAGAAUGCUUUGUGAAAUGUAGUUUGCCUGAUAAAAUCUCAGAAACUGAAAUAAAUGAUGUUCUCCUAGUACCUUCUAUUGAAUGCAACAUGCUUAGUGUCAGUAUUAUAGAUAUGAAAGGUUUUGUAAUUCAUUUUGAGAAUGGACAAUGUGAUAUUUCAAAGGACAAUGUUUUGUAUGACAGAGGUUUUGAGAAGGAGUUUAAGAAUUGUGUUUCAUCUGAGCAAGCUAAUAUGGCUAAGACACAAGUUGAUGGAUAUACUCUUGAACUAUGGCACAAAUGUUUUGAUCAUAGUGAUGCAAAUGCAAUUCUUCAAUUUCAGAAGGAGAAUUUAGCUAGAAUUUUGAAAUCAGCAAUACAGAUUUUAACAUCGAAAAUAUAUGUCAUCUAAAUAGAAUAAUAGAAUCCUAGAAUCCUAGAACGGCAGAGUUGGAAGAGACCUCAUGGGCCACCCGGUCCAACCCCAUUGUGCCAAGAAGCAGGAAAUCUCGUUGAAAGCACCCCCGAGAGAUGGCCACCCAGCCUCUGCUUCAAGGCCUCCCAAGAAGGAGCCUCUCUCCACCACACUCCCCUGGGGCAGAGAGAGAGUUCCUGCUCUUUAAGCCGCUCCUCAUGGGGAUUCUUGUUCUCCAGACCCUUGAUCACUUGAGCCUCCCUCAUCCUCUGGACGCUUUCCAGCUUAGAGUCACCCUCUCCCUUCAAUUGCAGUGCCCAGAAUGGGGCACAGUGGGAUUCCAGGUCAAGUGGCCUGGCCAAGGAGGAAUAGACUUCCCUGGACCUAGACGCUAUUCCCCUCUUGAUGCAGGACAGAAUCCCGUUGGCUUUCUUAGCCGCCGCACCACAUUCCUGGCUCAUGUUCCCCUUCCUCCCCACGAGGACUCCAAGGUCUUUUUCGCACACACUGCUGUCAAGCCAGGCAUCGCCCCCCAUUCUGUGUCUUUGAUUUCCAUUUUUUCUGCCGAAGUGAAGUAUCCUGCAUUUGUCCCUGUUGAACUUCAUUUUGUGAGUUUCGGCCAAUCAUCUCUCUAGUCUGUCAAGAUCGUUUUGGAUUCUGCUCCUGUCUUCUGGAGUGUUGGCUCUCCCUCCCAGUUUGGUCCCCUCUGCAAACUGGAUGAUCGUGCCUUCUGACCCUUCGUCUAAGUCCUUAAUCAAGAUCCUGAACAGAACCGGGCCCAUAACCCUGCGGAUGGCACUCCACUCGUCACUUCUUUCCAUGAUGAAGACGACGCAUGGGUGAGAAUCGCCCUUUGGGUUCGUUCGCUUAGCCAAUGACAGAUCCACCUCACCGUAGUUUUGUCUAGCCCACAUUUUACUAGUUUCCUUGCCAGAAGGUCGUGGGGGACUUUGUCGAAGGCCCUGGGGACUUGAUUUUGUUUGGAGUGGCCAGGUAUUCCUGGAUUACUGUUUGGGGUUGGAUUUCCCCUAAUCCUUCGUCCAGGAUGGCCUCCUUUUUGUGAGAAGAAUUCCUUUGAAUAUAGAAACUGUUAUCUUGGACACUGAAUAUUUUUACUACAGUUGACAUUGGCCCAAGAUUCUACGCAACUCCAGGAAGAAUAUGGUCUUGUUUGGCUCUUUUUGUCUGUUAUUUACUUUUGAUAUAGUAUACUUUGUGAGAGCAUGACUUGGAUAUUGUACCUUUGUUUAUGAUAUCCUGAAAGCAAUUUUGUUAUAUGCAAUAUAGUUUGAAAAGAAUUACUUUAAUAUAGAGUUGUAGAAACCUGAAUUGUAUUACAUUUCUUGGGAUUGUUACAAGAGUGUAUAUAUACAUACAUUAUUUUUCUGUAUUAUUAUAGAUAUUUGUGCAUUAUCAGCUUACUGGCUCAAUAAAACCCCUGGUCAAGUUCUUAUCAA